UGCGACAUUUGACAAAAACAUUGACGACAGUGUCAUGGCUGCGCACGGAAUCAGUUUCGAGAGUGUGAGCAGCAUUGAAGACAGGAAAGAAAGUAAACGACAGGCACGACAAGAGGCAAUAGAAAAGGCCAAGCAGAAGUAUGACAGAGAAGAGAAGAGGAAGGAGCUGAAGAGGCAGAGAGGGGAGGACACCUGGAUGCUUCCUGAGAUCAACCAGAGGCUGCAGGAGUUAGAGGAUGAGGGCUCUGUGAAGAGCAAGAAGAAGAAAGAGAAGAAAUCUAAAAAGAAAAAGGAGAAGAAGAAGAAGGCCAAGAGGGAAAAGAAGACGAAAGAAGCAGGAGAUGGCUCCAGUGAGAGCUCAGAGGAGUCAGGGGACGAGUGGGUUGAAGCUCAACCUCAGCAACAGGUGGCUAAAGCCUGGCAGGUUUCUGAUGAGUCCAAGCCUACAGAGAGCAACUCCAGCCUGGCUCAGAAUGUCCAGAGAGACGAAUGGAUGACCUUUGACUUCCUGGCUAUGAAAACCACGUCUACGGCAGAGAAGAGAGCUGAGAAAGAACGACAGAAGGAGGAGGAGCAAGCCAAGGCUCAGGCCAUUGAACAGGCCGGUCUGCACAAAUUGGAGCUAAAUCCGUAUUGGAAGGAUGGAGGAAGUGGUCUGCCCCCAGAGGAGACUGCUGGUACUGCAGCAAAAAAAGCCAGUACAGUAGUGAAUGACGGCGGUCUGAGCUGGCUGAGGAAGAGUUUCCAGAGGAUGAAGGAGCAGGCAGAGAGGGAGCAGCGCAGCCUCAACGACGUGGUGGCUGAGAGAUACGGAUCAAUGGAAGAAUUUCAGCAGAGACUAGCAGAGGCUGAAGAAGCUGCUUACGAACAGAGGAGAGGGGGAGAAAGAGAACGAGACAGCGCAACAAGGGGCAGCUGGAGGAAAGGAGAGGACGAAAACAGGGAGAGGUGGAGGAGAAAGGAGGGAGAUGGGACAGAGAGAGAUCGGUGGAGAAGAAGUGAAAGGGAGAGAGACUCAUCACCCACUGACCGGGACAGAUAUUAUUCUGAGAGGGAGAGGGAGAGGGGAGGCUAUCGAGGCCGAGACGAAGACAGGUUUAGAGAGAAGGAAAGGGAGAGGGAUAGAAACAGAAACCAGGAGAGAGAUAGAGAUAGGGAACGUGACAGAGGGAGGGAGAGGGAUGGAGGAAGAGACAGAGAAAGAGGUGAUGAAAGAGACAGAUAUAGGGAAAGGGACAGAGAGAAUGAUAGGGAGAGAAAUAGAGAUGGAGAUAGGCCCAGUGUCGCUUCUUCAUCUGGGCAAAAUUGGAGUCAACGUUCCCUCUCUCUUGGGUCACUGAAAGGCCGCUUCCUCAAGCCCUCAGAAGAUGAUGACAAUGGUGGAGCUCCAGAGCGUCCUCCUCCAGCUCGGCCAUCCGCAGGAUUCCUGAAACCCAGCUCGGACGACGAAGACUCUGGUCCGCGCAACACCAGCGUUGCGCGGACCAAGAGCAGCAAUCCUGCCUGUGAAUCCGAUGUUCUGGAAAAACCACAGCAGGAGAAAGAGAGGGAGGCUGCGAAAACUAUACCUGCUGCUCCAGAGGGUCUGCACGGUGACAAAGCUGCUGUGACGGCAUCAAGGAGUGAGAGUGACAGUGAGGAAGAAGAAGAGGAGGAGGAGGAGGAGCUUCCACUGCUGUCAGAGGAAGAGAUGAACAAACUGGGCGCCAAGCUGGUGAAGGCGGAGAUCAUGGGUAACACAGCGCUGAUUGAGAAACUGAAAUCCCAGUUGGCGGCAGCUCAUAAAGCCAAAGAGAGCCACGCUGCCCGAAAGAAGCUCCACGAAACAGCUAAAUCAAAGCAGGUCCCGGGUCACUCUGGUGAAGACCAGGAGGUCCUGCUGUUCAGAACAGACAAGUCAGGUCAGGCCUGGCCGGUCAAGCCAUCCUCUGGACCUCAAGAGCCCCACGGCGGACGACGGAAGAAGAAACCGAUUGAGACCCAUGUUGACGGGGAGCGUGUGCGCUACUUCCAGGAUGAUGACAAUGUGGGUCUGCAGGAGAUGGUCAGGAGGGAGAAGAUGAGCUCUGCACAGGAUCAGAACGCCCUCUAUUCUCGUAUGGCUGCCAAGAUGAUGGGGAAGACGGACGGCGACAACUACACGCUGGAUGACAUGUUUGUGUCGAGUGCGGCGCAGCGGGAGGGUGAGGGGAGGGAGGAGGAGAGGAUGAGGAGCAAAGCCAUCGGGGAGAGCAGGAGGCUGGCUGCCUCCAUGGAGAAAUGCCAUCACUGUUUCAGCAGCCAAGACCUCCAGAAGCACCUCAUAGUGGCAAUAGGGAGCAAGGUAUACCUCAGCCUACCUGCGGGACUGUCGCUGGUUGAGGGCCACUGUCUCAUCUGUCCUCUCCAGCAUCACUGUUCUGCCACCGGAUUGGACGAGGAUGUCUGGGCAGAAAUGCAGCUGUUCCGGCGCACCUUGGUGCGUAUGUUUGAGUCCCAGGAUCUGGACUGUGUGUUCAUGGAAACACACAUGAACCUACGCAGAAGACAACACAUGGUCCUAGAGUGUAUCCCACUACCACGAGAACUAGGCGAUAUGGCACCUAUAUACUUUAAGAAAGCUAUCAUGGAGUGUGAUGAGGAGUGGGCCAUGAACAAGAAGGUUGUCGACCUCUCUUCGAAAGACAUCCGCCGAGCUGUUCCUCGAGGUCUGCCCUACUUUGCUGUAGACUUUGGACUCCAGGGAGGGUUUGCUCAUGUCAUUGAAAAUGAACAGAAGUUCCCUCAUUACUUUGGCAAGGAAGUGGUAGGAGGCAUGAUGGACGUGGAGCCGCGGCGUUGGAGAAAGCUAAUUAGAGAGAACUUUGACGAUCAGAGGAAAAAAGUCCUGCAGUUCGCUCAGUGGUGGAAACCGUACGACUGCACCAAGACUGACAGCUAACUGGAAACACUGACAGAACGCUGGUGCAGACUUGAUCACGCAUAUAAAUUCACACAGCAUUCUGAUUUCAUGUAAAUUUUCUUAAUAGAAGUUACAAUGUGAGAACUUUUUUUACUUAAAUAAAUAAAUAAAAUAGCCUGCAUUCA